AUGAAGAAGAACAAAGAUAUAUUCCAUGAGAUUCUCUCGGACCUCUUCCACCAGGACGGGCUGGUGGUGUGCGCCUGUGGGCUCGGCAUCGACCGCCUGCUGCUGCGCUUCCUCCGCCUCUACAGCGAGCCCGCCAGCCUGGUGCUGAACACGAGCCCCGCCGAGGAGACAAUACGUCACUACUUAGAUCCUCUCUGGCAUCAGCUUGGAGCUAAGACAAAAUCUUUGGUCCAGGAUUUGAAAAUACUGAGUACUUUGCUACAGUAUCUAACUCAGUAUGAUUGUGUCACUUUCCUCAAUCUUCUGGAGUCACUGAAAGCAAGUGAAAAAGCUUUUGGCGAGAAUUCAGGUUGGAUGUUUCUUGACUCCAGUACUUCAGUGUUUGUAAAUUCUCGAGCGAGAGUUUAUCGCAUUGCAGAUGAGAAACUGAAUCAGAAAGGCAAAGUGUCUGGAAACAAUGAUGUAAAGAAGGAAAAUGGGCAAGUGCUUAUUUGUGCCAGUGAUGACUGAACUUGUGCACAGCUCAGGGAGUAUAUUACUGAUGGAGCAGAAGUCUUUUUAACAAGACUGUAUAAUAAAACCUUUGGAAAGGAUGAGAAGGCUGGAGAUGUGUGGAUUAAGGACAGAAAAGCUGUCAAGUCCAAAGGAUAUGCCAGACCAGACACAGGGCCUCAAGCCGGAAAAGACAAACUCGCAACUUCUUCAAAACAAAACAAACACAAGAAGCAGCAAGACCGGACUAUAAUCCAAAUGAUAGGGAAAACUGAGGAGGAAAACAAAGAGGAGUUGGAUGUGGAAGAUAACAAAGAGUUAAACAGUAGCCAAGAAGGCAGUAUCGAUGAGACCAUUCAUGAAGAUUUCCCUGUGAACUUACCUUCAGAUUCUUACUAUGGUAUUUUCAAAAAUCCACUCACAAUUAUUCAUCCAUUGCAGGGUUGCAGUGAUCCCUAUGCUCUGACCAGGGUACUGCAUGAGGUAGAACCAAGAUACAUCAUGUUGUAUGAUGCAGAGCUAACUUUUGUUUGGCAGCUGAAAAUCUACAAGGCAAGCAGACCUGGAAGGCCUCUGAGGGUGUAUUUCCUCAUAUAUGGAAGCUCAACAGAAGAACAGCGCUAUCUGACAGCUCUGAGAAAAGAGAAGGAAGCCUUUGAAAAACUCAUUUGGGAAAGGGCCACUAUGGUUGUUACUGAAGAAAGAGAAGGAAGAGAUGAAACAAACUUAGACCUUUUGAGAGAUGCUAAACCUGCCUCUGUUUCCACUGACACGCAGAACAGGUGGACAGGAACAGAAGAGUACUCAACAAACUAUAAUAGUGGACAUGCAGGAAUUUCAUAGUGAGCUUCCAUCACUGAUUCAUCGUCAUGGUAUUGACAUUGAGCCUGUUACUUUGGAAGUUGGAGAUUAUAUCUUAACUCCUGAUGUCUGUGUAGAGCAGAAAAGUAUCAGUGAUCUUAUUGGUUCAUUAAACAAUGGAAGAC